AUGACACACGUAAAUUACAACAUUUCCAACAUACUUUCUGCCUAUACAAAACAUUGUAAUAUUAAUGAUGAGUCAUAUGCAUGGCUACAGUCACGAAUCGAUGAUUUAAUUUCUGAUUACAAAGACAGACUUGCCGUCCAAAUUCCACCUUCUCGCUCAAAACGAGACCUGCUCAGCAGUAUAGCCGGCUUGUUUGGAUCAAUUAAUUCAGCAGCCAACACCUACAAAAUAACGAAACAAUCCCAAUUCUCCACAUGGUUGACAGACCAGAUGGCCACUGGUUUCCAACACCUCACCAAUAGCAAUGAUAACAUUAUCAAAGCGGUUCGUUCUGAGGCGCAGGCGCUUCUGACGAUCAGCCACACAUUGUUCAAUCAGACCCGUACCAUCGAACGUGACUUAGCCUGUAGAUCAUAUGCACAAGAUUUAUUCACUGCCACAAGACAAGAAAUUUUAGAUCUUCGCCUUCACCAGACCCCUAGACAUGUUUUAAAUGAUUUAAUUGAAGUUUUAGAUUUGCAUAGAUGGUUCUCUUCAGAAAAGAUAAAAAAUGUCAAAUAUUCAGAACUGUUAUCCACAAUUAUGAUGUAUACUGGAAACGAAUGUAUUGGUUGCAUUGGAUUUUUUGCCACUUUUCCUUUAAUACACCCAGAUCAAGUUUACCCAAAUUCCACUACUAUUCGCUCUAUUGGCAUGGUAGUUAAAGAUCAGGUAAUUAAAUGGGAUCACCUCACGGGAUAUAUGACUUUGAAGGGUACUGAGACCUUGUUCACCAGUCGCACUUGUUGUCAUGAAACUCACAAUUAUGUUGUCUGCACAUGUAACACAUUACAGCCUUUCUCCUCCAAUGAUAGCAAACUCAUAAAUGUUGAAUCGUUGCAUGGCCAUUCAAAUGCUGUUCAGGUGUCUCAUACACAGUGGUGCAUCAUCAGUGAGAUGAAUUCGUUCACAUAUGGAGGACUGACCUGUCCUGCUAAUCACUCCUUUUGCUUGGAAGUGACAGAGGACUUUUCUAUGGGCCAGAUUGACAUCCUCGGAAGGAUGCCAAAGGACGCAGAGGUCUCUCCAUGGUGGGACGACACCUUUUAUGAACACGGAACACAAGCUUUGGUCGACACGAUGGACUUGGUACAGAACAUCGUCCUCCAAAAAGAGUAUCACCUCUCUCAAGCGCAAGUGGAGACGAACUUGGCGCGAAAGACUGCACAGAUCCUGUCUAGCUCAUCUACUCGAUCGGCACAGACUGCAUACACCUGGUGGGACUGGGUACUUCGAGGUUGUGCGGUUGGAAGCGCACUCAUCUUCUCCUUUACGCUUUUCCAAUGUUGCUACUUCCGACACCUCAUCAGAUCAGUAAAAGCAUCCACCAACACCAUCUUAACUCUCAGCCCCUUGAAGCUGCCCACCUUACAAAGACUGAAGUGACACCGCAGGAAACCCUGUGAGUGG